GGGAGCUAAAAUUAUUUGAAAAUGAAUUAAGAGAUUUUCUAUGGAAUGGUUUGGCGUAUUUUGUAUCUGUUAUUGAGUGAAUAACAAAAUAUUUAUGCGAAAUAUUAAAUUAACGAUUAUCAAAACUAUUAUAGAUGUUGAUAAAAUUGAUAAUAGAUUAGACGUCAUACUAAAAGAUAAGCAGAAUCUAAUUAACUUGAGGUUGAUGGACUUGAAAACUCAUAAAUACUUAAUGUAAUCAUUGGUUCGUAAUCAGUAUGAGUUUUGAAGUUUCUGUUUCACUGACAAAAAUAAUUAAAAUUUUCGAGGGUGAACAGAAAUUUCAUUCUCAGUCGUUUUUUAUUUUUUAGUUCGAUUGAGUCGCGAUAGAUAUAAAUUAAAUAGUGACAAUGAAUUUGAAAAGUUGUUUGUUGUUAAUAACAUACUUUUUGGUACAAGAUGCCACGGCAGAGAAUCGCAGAUUGGAUACUUAUGACAUAAAUAGUAUACAGGUAUUCGUUAAUAAUGUUCAUGAAAGAGCGCGGUCUGAUUAUCGGUUGGAAAAUACAACAUUGAAAGAUGAUGAAAAGAAUAAUGUUUUGGAAAUGAUAUUCAAUGACUUAACGAAUAUACUAACUGAGUUAAAUAAAAUGUCUAACGAUCCACGUAAAAUCCUUUCAUCUGGUGAAUUGAUUAGUAUCGUUGAUAGUUUAGAGAAACAUGAUCUAAAAACCGGUUUUUCUGCACAACCAAAAUUGUCAGUAAAAUUGAAUACGAUAUUUAAUAUAAGUGAAACAAUAAAUUCAUACGUCGAGCCAUUAUUGAAAUUAGGCAGCAGUAAUUUUUCUGGCGAACGAGAUAUGUCGGAAUUCUGUCCAUCUAACAAAAGUAUUCAACCAAACAUUGAAUUCAAGUUUGAACAGCCAAUUGUUCUUAAUGAAUACAAAAAAUUCAUUGACAAUUUCGCAGUAAUUAUGAACAACAAAACGCAACAUGAUUCUUGUGGUCAAACAAGUUCAUUAAAUCAAGCGAUAUUUGAUUAUCAUCAUCAAGUUGUCGCCACAUAUCUAAAAGAAUAUAUAUUGCUCAACUUCGUUGAUAUUAUCGAUGGUCGUUGUUAUGACUGGAAUGUAAUUCCAUUAUUAAACACUCGUCGAAUCGAUUCAAUGAAGGAACUAUCCGAAAUCAUUAAACUAACUAAAAAUCUCCUUGAUAAUAAUUCUGUCUAUAUCUACAGAUGUGAUGCAGACUAUCGUAAUAAUGCCAAAGGAAAGUCAUAUUACGAAUUAGAACGUAUGAUUCAACACGUAAUAUAUCCCGAAAAAGAAUUGAGUACCACUGGGUCCUGCAAACAUAAUUGUGAUUUGAGUACUAUAAAAAAUUCAAUUAAUGACCAAGGAUGCAAAGAAUUAACCGAAUGUCGCUUCAUUCAUGACACAUAUGAUAUAUGCAAAACUACUGGAAGCUAUAGUUCAAGACGUUACGAAUGGUUCGCCAACGGAGCUGGAUACAUUUAUGGUAACAGCUACCCUCAUUGCCGGGGAAAUGUUACAAGAUUUUCUGUUUCUAGUUACUUGCCUAUGUUUACUGUUCACUACUGUAAUUAUUGUGUGUGUAAGUGUGUUAGUAAACCGAAACGUCGUGAAAAUGUUGUAACAGCACUAAGUUUCAUGGAACAAGUUUCCAAUAUAAGGAAAAACAUGGUAGUCGUGGGUGUUAGGUUCGUUAAAAAAGACUACAUGAUUCAUGUACAGAUAAAAGAACGUGAAUUUAAAUCUAACAGCACAGAUAAUAGAGGCUCAUGGAAGGAAUUAAAAAGUUUCGAUUACGAUGAUAACAUGAAGAAGUAUUAUAAGAUUCAUGAUGAACUGAUCAAAAUUGAGCUCAAAUUGGGAACUGAUUAUGGACAUCCAAAAAAAAUUCAUUUUGAUGAUUUGAUGGCUCCGAAAGGUUACGUUGUCACGGGAGUUAGAUUCAGAUUUGCUGGAGACUCAUUGAUUCAUCCGAGCUACAAAUCGGGUGCAAUUCAAUUACAGAUUCGUGUCACGCCUUUUGAUUACGCUACUGGUUUGAAUCGUAAUUUCGAAAAGUCAAGAUGGAUUGGUCAGCCGACAAUGAGGGCAAGAAAGGAAUUGACUUUAGAUGCUCCAGAUAAACCGACAAAAUCAUUUUUGAAUGUUAUUGAUUCGAAAACAGAUCAGUUUAUCAAAUUCCGUGAAUCUGAUUUUAUAAAAGACGCUGGGCAAUCAACAGUUCCAUUCUUUGAUGCUCAAGAUGUUGAAGGCACUCCAGAAUUCCCGUUAGGGGGAGUUGGAAUUGUGCAUCGUGGUCGUAAAGGCUAUGGCGGAUUUUUGGCAUUCAAAAUUUUCGAUUUGAAUCUAUCGAAUUGCUUAAAUGGAGAACCCCAAUCACAACAACGAAACAAGCUUUAGAUUUUUUAUCAAUCUACUCAAAAUUUGUGUAUUAAUAUAGAUUUUCAAAAUUGAACAUCCGCUAUUGUCAUUAGUAGCAAUUUUUUGUGAUAAUCAUGAAAAUAACAAUACUAAAAAUUAUAGAUAAAAUUAAAAUUAAAAAUUGUAUAAAUAUGUU